GCAGACACGGGCAAUAUUUAUCUCAGUAUUAUCUCAAACGUUCGAAAGUAAUACUAACUCUAUGAUAAAAUAUAAAAAGCAUAUUUAGGCUGAAUAUUCCAGUGGCACGUGCGUUGCUUUAGUGUGAAUUUUAAGUAAAAAAUAUGUGUUUAGUGGAGUGAGAGAUUUUGCUUGUUUUUUUUUGCGAUUGUCGGCGCCAGAAUGUCUGAUGAGCUCGAGGCUCGGAUGUGGGACGACGGGAGCUCCCGGUACGAGUCCCGGAGCCGCGGACCCUACUUCGAGUCGGCCUUCGCCUCCUCAGAACACUUAGACAGAGCCCCUUUGUUGUCUGAGGAGACGUACACGGAUGUCCCGGUGUCGACGGAGUCUGAUGUGGAGCACUGCCACUGGAAGGCGCAGGCCGAGCCGCCCAGCGCUGUGCCACAACUCUUCACCGCGCUGGUGUUAUGCGGCAUAUUCAUGAUAUGCGAGUUGAUAGGCGGCUACCUGGCCGGCAGCCUGUCGGUGAUGAGCGACGCGGCGCACAUGCUGAGCGACUGCGGCGGGUUCGCGCUGGCGCUGCUCGCCUUCCACUGCGCCAAGAGGCGGCCCGAUGUCGCCAUGUCCUACGGGUAUAAGCGGGCUGAGGUACUAGGCGCGAUGCUAUCAGUCCUCCUGAUCUGGAUCCUGACGGGCGUGUUCGUGUACGUGGCGGUGGUCCGGCUGCACACCGGCGAGUACAACAUCGAGCCCGACAUGAUGAUGAUCGUGUCCGGCUGCGGCGUCGGCUUCAACGUCAUCCUGGCGCUGGUGCUGCACGGCUGCGGGUCUGAUAUAGCCCACCACCACACGCACGGCGGCGCGGCAUGUGCGCACGCGCACGCCCCCGGCGGAGGCUCGCCCCGCGGCUGGCGCCUGUUCCGCCGCAACCGGGACCACAAGCAGGCCAACGGGGCGCUCGUCAACGGGGACUACACCAUGAAGGACUUGGCCGGGGUCGAGGCUAAUGUUGUAGGGUCCCAGCCGAGGAACAUUAAUCUCCGCGCUGCACUGAUCCACGUCAUCGGUGAUUUAAUACAGAGCUGUGGUGUUCUGCUCGCAUCCAUUUUAAUUAAAUUCUAUCCGGAAGCGAAGUUCGUGGACCCGAUCUGCACGUUCGUGUUCAGCUUCCUGGUGCUGCUGACGUCCGCGCGCGUCGUGCGGGACGCGCUCGCCAUGCUCAUGCAGGCCGUGCCCAAGCAGUUCCGUUACCGCGAGUGCGUGUCGUCCCUGUCGCAGCUGUCGGGAGUCCGCCACGUGCACUCGCUGCACGCGUGGGCGCUGUCCACGCAUCACAUCGUACUCACCGCGCACGUCGCUAUCGAUGAGCUAACGGACCCGGAGGUAGUCCUCCGCGCGUGCCAGCAGCUGGCGCGCGCGGAGUGGCGCGUGUCGUCCGCCACGUUCCAGAUCGAGCGCUACGCCGUGCGCAUGCGCAGCUGCCCCGACUGCGGCCUGCAGCCCGCACACACGCCCUGACACCUCACCACGCUGUCCUAGCUGCAGGAAGGGGCACAUUAAAAUGAAGACGAAAGCAACAAAAACUGAUUCGAUUGACGCGGAUUGUCUAUCCAAGGGGCCAGUGAAUGAACAGUGACCGAACGAUAUUAUAGUAAGUACAAUUGAAGCAGUGCCGC